GGGCGGGCACGGCUCUGGGCUGAGCAUUGUGAGGUCGGUCAGCGUUAGCUAGCUGCUCUUCAUCAGCUGUUUAUCAAAGUGUGCGGGCCGACCGAGUCUUCUUCUCUCUGUUGGUGGAGAUUAGACGACUAGUUGAACUCAUUGCCCGACUCUUGGUUCCGUUGUCUUCCUCCUACACAGUGAAGCGGACAAGUGUGUGAGAACACAGCGCAGCUAGCCGGGUAGCAGCGCAUGCUAAGUGGAUGUUUUUGUGUGGUAGCCCCGGGUUAGCUCGGUAGCUAAAGCUGAGCAGCGAUCAAAAACAAACCUCACCCAAGAGGAGAAUGAACCAUAAGAGUAAAAAGAGGAUUAAAGAGGCGAAGCGGAGCGCCAGGCCCGAGCUGAAGGACUCGUUAGACUGGAUCAAACACGGCUACCACGAGACCUUCGACCUGUCGCACCGCAGCGUCAAGGACAACGUGGAGCGUGCGGACGCCCUCCACCUCAGCCCCGACGAGUUCAUCCGGCGCUUCGAGCGGCCCUACAAGCCCGUCGUCCUGCUCAACUGCCAGGAGACCUGGCCCGCGCGGGACAAGUGGACCCUGGAGCGCCUCAAGCGGAAGUACCGCAACCAGAAGUUUAAGUGCGGGGAGGACAACGACGGCUACUCGGUGAAGAUGAAGAUGAAGUACUACAUGGAGUACCUGGAGAGCACCCGGGACGACAGCCCGCUCUACAUCUUCGACAGCAGCUACGGGGAACACGCCAAGCGGCGGAAGCUGCUGGAGGACUACCAGGUGCCCGUCUUCUUCAGGGAUGACCUCUUCCAGUUCGCCGGAGAGAAACGCCGACCACCGUACAGGUGGUUUGUGAUGGGUCCUGCUCGCUCGGGCACGGGCAUCCACAUCGACCCGCUGGGCACCAGUGCGUGGAACGCCCUGGUCCAGGGCCACAAGCGCUGGUGUCUGUUCCCCACCAACACGCCACGAGAGCUGAUCAAAGUGACCCGGGAGGACGGGGGCAACCAGCAGGACGAGGCCAUCACCUGGUUCAAUGUGGUGUACCCGCGCACGCAGCAGCCCAACUGGCCCCCGGAGUUCACGCCGCUCGAGAUCCUCCAGAAACCCGGGGAGACGGUUUUCGUGCCUGGCGGCUGGUGGCACGUCGUUCUGAACCUGGACACGGCGAUCGCUGUCACUCAGAACUUUGCCAGCACAACCAACUUCCCCAUCGUGUGGCACAAGACGGUCCGAGGACGACCCAAGCUCUCCAGGAAGUGGUACCGCGUCCUGAAGCAGGAACGACCCGACCUGGCCGCGCUGGCGGACAAAGUUGACCUGCAGGAGUCAACAGGAAUUGCAUCGGACAGCUCCAGUGACUCUUCAUCAUCCUCCUCCAGCUCGUCAGACUCCAACUCUGACGCGGAGUCGGGCUCUGAAGGCGACGCCAUGUCCCACCGCCGCAAGAAGAGACGCACCUGCGGGACGACGGCCAACGGAGACACCAGCGGCCAGGACGACUGCGUCAGCAAGGAGAGGAGCUCGUCGCGGUGACCUCUGACCUCCGACCCGAUUAUCUGUUCACAUGAACCAUAUUAAAAUGUAACAGGUGGUCAAGGUCGCACCACAGCAGUGGGUGGAAAUCCUCAAAUUCUGUCCCUUUUUAAAUUAUUAUUUGCGUUAUACUGAAUAAUAUGAUCCUUCUGAGUCAUAUUGUCAGUUUUGGUCUCAAAGCAACAGUCGACUUCGCUGCUGAUCUAUAAAAUUACACUGUCAGUUUUUAAUCCAACAAACAGAAGAGAUGCAUGAAGCGUUAGCGGGGGAACUAUGUUCAGCGCUGGAUGAAUCCACGUUUAUUAUGAUUCUGAGUCUGCCAAACUACCAAGAUAUGAAGCCGAGCUAGUCGAGCUUUAGCUUAGCAGAGUAGCAGCGAGCGGCUGGGGCAGCUUCCGUUUGGUUUAGCCGCUUUUUAAAUUAAUGUGCGAAAGUGUGAUUUCCUUUUUUUUACGUAAAUCAUUAAAGUGGUAAAGGUGUUUUUCUUCAUAAGGUUUAUAUCAAUGAUCUUUUAUCCAAAACUGUUUUCCAUCCACUUGACCCAGAUUUUUAUCUGGAUCAAUCACACAAUCUCUCUCACUUACAGAAUCAAAAGAUAAUCGAGGCUCCGCCCCUUCGUCCGACUGUGGCGUCACUGAGACACAUUUAUCAGAUGACGAAGCAGAAGAAAUAUGUCUGAAAUUUAAAGGAUUAUAAGAUUUUCUAGGAAACAUAAAAGAAGAAAAUAAAAAUAGAAAGAAAACCCCCAGAAAUAUUUAAAAUGAAUUCAUAUAUGAUAUGAAUCAGAUCCGAUCAUAUGUGUGUGUGUGAUCGAGUAUUUUCCUCCACAGUAAACUGAGGAAUAAUCCGACCAGAGGAAGCUCACAGGAGAACGAUCCCUGAUCAAUUUUUAAGAUUAUUUAGAUUCUCGCCGCAGAGGCGGAGCUUCGCUAAAAAUUAAAUCCUUUAAAAUCAGGUGUGAAGUUUAACAGACAUUGUGUUUGUGUGUUCAAUCUGUGGCUUUAGACUCAAAGUGCCUAUAAAGACUGUGGUCGGCCUGCGAGGUCACAUGGUGCCUUCCACCAGCCUCUUGGCUCCGCCCCCCGAUCUGAAGUGACCUGGGACACGUGUGUGUGUGUGUGUGUGUGUGUGUGUGUGUGUGUGUGUGUGUGUGUGUGUGUGUGUGUGUGUGUGUGUGUGUGUGUGUGUGUGUGUGUGUGAGAAUGAGGCAUCUGUCUGCCGUGAUGAUGUUAAUUCUGUUGCUCAAUAAAAAUCUUUUCUAAUCUUC